GAAUGCCCAUAUAAGGGCAGUGAUGUCACGAAACUCGCCCACUUUGUAGUUAAAAGGGAACACCGGGCGCAGGGCCCCCCUCAUUCAUUCACUCUCCGCCUCUUCCUCCUGCAGCCAGCAAGCCAAGCAGGCAGCAGAGGCGGCGGCGGCGGCAGCGGCAGCGGAUGGUGGCUGAGCAACGACUGCCGGCAAACUCCGUUGACUUAACGCACCUUGCAAAGAUAUCUGCCACUCGCACAGCGGACCCCGUUGUUGUUGUUUUUUUUUACUGGCUGCAAAAGCAAUUCCAGCCGUAAUCGUCAAGCAUCGGCAUCCUCAAGCCCAGAGCUGAGCUCUUAUUCAUUUGCCAGCGGUGCCAACUCUCACACUGCCUGUGUGAAGGCACCCGAGCAACCGAUAUUAAAGCCUCCCCCUCCCCCCAGCUUGGACUGAAUUGCCGCGUAAUCUUCUGCUUCUCUGGGAGGUUUUUUUUUGUUGUUGUUUUGGUAUCCAGCGAAUGCCCUGCUGCUGUAUUCAAAGAAAGAGCUCAAAAGCAACGCAGGUAUCGAGCGCAUCAAACCGAGAGACCGCAACAAACUACAGCAUCAUCAGCAGCAGCAACAGCAGCAGCAGCAACAACAGCAAAGACACAAAAAAACUAAAUCUCAAACAACAACAACAACAAAAAUCAACAAUCAGCCCCUCACUCCGGGGUUAAGUUGUCGAUCUUUACAGCCGCUGCUGGUGCGUGCGUCAUGACGGAGAUAAUGCCCCUGCUUAGCUCAUUUCUCCAUCCUCUGCCCGAUGCAGCAGCGUGCGUUAACCUGGACGAAUUUGGCCCCUCCGGAGCUGUCAACACUCCCGGCUCGGCUGCGGACGGCCAGCUCUUUCCUGCCGGCACUCUCGAGCAAUACCCCGGCCUCAACUGCGGCAUGAACCGAGACGCUUUCAUGAGCGUGUCCAUCGGCACGGAGAAGGGCUCGGCCGAGCUGUCCUACCAGAACAUGUUCGGCGGCGCUGUUGACACCGUGUCGGGCUCCCAGAAGCCCACCUACAUGGGAACCUUCUUCAUCGAGCAAGGGGCCAGCUGGUGGCCUGCCGAUGCGCCGCCCGCCACUGUCUCCUCGGCGGCCGCCAACGGCAGCGUCUCCUCUACCAACUCCUCGGGCUCCAUCAACAUCGUGAGCGCCGAGGUGGUGGGCGACGACAUGUCUCCCGGCUCGGUGCAUUCGUCCCACACGCCGGCACCCAACACGGGGCUGCUGACGCCCAACAGCUGUCCCGGGCUGUCCGUGGCCUCCAUGGCCUGCGGUGACCCCCCGCCCGCCUACCCAUCGGCCUGCGGGGACCCCUUCCCGUGCGUUGAGCCUCAGUCUCUGUAUUACACCGGCUCGGGCCACGCGGGCGUCUUCGCACCGCCUCCUCCUCCACCACCACCACCACCUCCUUACCCCUCCGGAUCUUCCUCCUCGUCUGGUGCAAAGGUUGAGGACGCGCCAGGAUUUCACAUCCAGUUAGACCACUUGUACCAACCGCAACUUCAUCACCACCACAAUCACCACCACCACCAGCAACAGCAGCAGCACCAGCAGCAACAGCAGCAGCAGCAGCAACAUCAACACCACCACCAACAGCUCUACCAGCAACAACAUCAUCAGCAACAGGUGAUGCAAGCGUCGAGCAUGCACGAGCAUCAUCGCUCGCACCUGCCCUGCUCAGCCUCAGCAGCAGGUGUGGGGGUUGACACGAAGCCGCCCGCGCUGGCCAUCACGCCGCUGUCCACCAUCAAGGCGUUCUCAACGUCGGUGGCCGAGAGCAAGAAGCUGCUCACGGCGCUGUCGCAGCAGCAGCUGCUGCGGCCCGUGCGGCUCCGCAAGUACCCGAACCGGCCGUGCAAGACGCCGCCGCACGCGCGGCCCUUCCCGUGCCCGGCCGAGGGUUGCGACCGGCGCUUCUCGCGCACGGACGAGCUCACGCGCCACAUCCGCAUUCACACGGGGCACAAGCCCUUCACGUGCCGCAUCUGCAUGCGCAGCUUCAGCCGCAGCGACCACCUCACGACCCACGUGCGCACCCACACGGGCGAGAAACCCUUCGCCUGCGACUUCUGCGGCCGCCGCUUCGCGCGCUCCGAUGAGCGCAAGAGGCACGGACGCAUUCAUCUCAAGGGUCGCGACGCGGCCGCCAACUCCAAGGGAUCCGCCGCUGCCGCUUCUGCCGCCGCCGCCGCCGCUGCGGCGACGAGAGGCGACGUCAAGGUGGCCGUCGGAGAUGCCCCUGGCGUGGGGAUGCUCAUGGGAGGUGGAGUUGGACUGGCAGGAGGGGACAUGUCGAGAGAUUUGUGCAACAAUCGUACCAGCGGCGGCGGCAGCAGCAGCAGCAGCAUCGCGCCGGGCCACCACCAGAUAGUCACCAGCAAUGACUCUUACGGAGUGCUGUCGUAGGGCAGUGUGGGGGAGGUGGACGGUGUGACGAGACAUCGUCUUUGUUUGACAUAUGCAUACACACAUAAACACACACACACUGGAGUUUGUGUGUGCGCGUGUGUCUAUAUGCGCUUAAGCCAAGCCACAGAGCCCGGAGUGUGCAAAGUGACACCCGCGGUUGCAUUGGCUGGCGCAUGCCAGAGGUGGCUGCACGGAGGAGCAGGUUCGUGAGAAUCGAGAGGCGGAGGUGGGUGGAGGGGAAGCCCCCCCCCCCCCCCCC